UCCAAUUGAACAUGUCCACUAAUUUUUUCUUUCCAAAUACAACUGUAGCCUUAAUAAAUUUUGCAGAUUUUAAUCAGUGCACAAAUAAAUGAAAUAACGCUAUUUUCAACUCUUCCCCCUCCAUCACCUGUUAUCACAUUAUUAAACGCCACAUCAAUUCUAUAAUUUCUGUCUGUGAACAAGAAAAAAAGAAAUCCACAAAAAUCAAAUCAAAUUACCUUUCAUCGAAAAAUCCAUGGCAAGAAGGGCGGUGCUGAUCGGAUGCAAUUACCCGGGGACAAAGGCGGAGCUGAGAGGUUGCAUCAACGAUGUCCAGCGAAUGUACAGCUGCCUCAUCGAGCGCUACGGUUUCUCGCCGGACGACAUCACGGUACUCAUCGACACAGACGAGUCCUGCACCCAGCCCACGGGCCGCAACAUCCGUGCUGCACUUGCCGAUCUGGUUGAUUCGGCCCGGCGCGGCGACUUCCUGUUCGUCCACUACAGCGGCCACGGCACCCGCCUCCCAGCGGAGACCGGCGAGGACGACGACACCGGCUACGACGAGUGCAUUGUCCCCACGGAUAUGAAUCUCAUCACCGAUGAUGAUUUUAGGGAGCUUGUGGACAAAGUGCCACAGGGUUGCCAGAUCACCAUCGUGUCCGACUCCUGCCACAGCGGAGGCCUUAUAGACGAGGCCAAGGAGCAAAUUGGCGAGAGCACCAAAAAAAAUGACGACGAACGAGAAGAUGAAGAAGAAGAAGAAGACAGCGGAGGAUUCCGGUCAGGACUCAAGAAAUUCCUCCACCGAAAAGUCGAGGACGCAAUCGAGUCGCGCGGCAUUCACCUACACCGCCACAAAGAAGAAGAAAAUUCGGAAGAGGAAUACCAAGGCCAAAACGGGGUCCUCAUCAAGAACAAAUCCCUACCCCUCUCAACCCUAAUCGACUUACUCAAGCAGAAGACAGGCAAAGACGACAUUGAUGUCGGCAAGCUCCGCCCAACACUCUUCGAUGUCUUUGGGGAGGAUUCGAGCCCAAAGGUCAAGAAAUUCAUGAACGUCAUUUUCAGCAAAUUAGGACAGGGCCAGGGAGAAGGUGGGGAAAGUGGUGGGUUCAUGGGCAUGGUGGGGAGCUUGGCCCAGCAGUUUUUGAAGCAGAAGCUUGAAGAAAACAAUGAAGAUUAUGCGAAGCCCGCCUUAGAGACUCACGUGGGGAGGAAAGAGGAGGCUUACGCAGGAGCUACUAAGAGGGCCCUUCCAGACAGUGGCAUUCUCAUUAGUGGCUGCCAAACGGAUCAGACAUCUGCAGAUGCCACACCAUCUGGGGAUCCGAGUAAGGCAUAUGGGGCUCUGAGCAACGCUAUACAGACCAUAAUUGCUGAGUCGGGUGGGAGGAUUAGUAACCAGGAGCUGGUGCUUAAGGCCAGGCAGCUUUUGAAGAAACAGGGGUAUACUCAGCGCCCAGGGCUGUACUGCAGUGAUUAUCAUGUCGAUGCGUCUUUUGUUUGCUAAACAAGUAUUACAAUUGUGUGUGUAUGCCAAGUUUGAAGGUCGGAUCUAUUGUUGCUGCUGGAUUGCUAUAAUAAGGGGGUUGCUAUAAUAAAGGGAUUGCUUUGUGUUAAUUUGUUGUGUGGUAGUGUUGUUUUGUGCAUCUUGAGCAAUUGGGUGUACAAGAAAUGUUUAACAGGUUGAAAUGUGUGCUUUUGUGUCUUGAACUUGGAAGAACAAGAGAAUAAAUGCAAUUGAAUUAUAUUUCCAAGAUUGAGUUGGAACUACAAUAGCAAUGUUACAAUAACGUUUGUGUUAUGUUGUACACAGCAAAAGGAAAAGAGAAGAUAAAAAGAAAUGC